UAGCUCUGGCUAAUGUAGUUCACGACACUCCGGUGUCUGUCAAAGAAACACGUGUGUGACCAGAUAAAAGGCCGGAGUAUAAACAGGGCAGUUUGGUACAAUUUUUACUUUCGUGAAAUAAUUUCAUGGCAUUUGUUUCAUGCCAGAGGGUCUUCUUGACUUGAACAAGUAACACCGGAGACAGAACGCACUGUUCCGUACAGCACCUCACCAGAGUGUACUGACAGUUCGCUGAUCGGGGCUAGUAAAAAUCCAAAUAAUCGAAGAAAGUUCUAGGUCUUUUUGGCUGUCUGUUUUGUAACAACGACUUGACUUACAAAACGCUAACAGUGUGCAUCAUGGCGGACUACUUGAUCAGUGGACAGACAGGUUACGUGCCGGACGACGGACUCAGUGGGCUGCAACUCUUCAACUGCGGGGACGGCCUUACCUACAAUGACUUCCUGAUUCUCCCAGGAUACAUUGACUUCACAUCAGAACAGGUGGAUUUGACUUCAGCCCUGACAAAGAAGAUCACCAUGAAAACGCCUUUCGUGUCCUCCCCCAUGGACACAGUCACGGAGUCAGCGCUGGCCAUUGCAAUGGCACUGACAGGGGGAAUAGGCUUCAUUCACCACAACUGCACUCCAGAGUUCCAGGCCAACGAGGUCCGCAAGGUCAAGAGCCAAAUAGAUACCCCUACCUACUCUCCCUCUUCUGUCAUCCCUCCCUCUCUGCUCCCAUCCCUCCAGCGUUAUGAGCAGGGCUUCAUCACGGACCCGGUGGUGAUGAGUCCCACAGACUGCGUGGCAGACGUGUUCCAGGCCAAGGCGCGCCACGGCUUUUGCGGCAUCCCCAUCACAGACAACGGCCACAUGGGCGGACGUCUCGUUGGUAUCAUCUCCUCGCGGGACAUCGACUUCCUAAAGGAGGAGGAGCACAUCCUGCCGCUCAGCGAAGUAAUGACCAAGCUCGAGGACCUUGUCGUAGCUCCAGCUGGAGUGACGCUGAAAGAGGCAAAUGAGAUCUUGCAGAGGAGUAAGAAAGGUAAGCUGCCCAUCGUGAACGAGGAGGGCUGCUUGGUCUCCAUCAUUUCCAGGACAGACCUGAAGAAGAACAGGGACUUCCCCCUCGCCUCUAAAGACUCCCGCAAACAGCUGCUGUGUGGGGCAGCCAUUGGCACGCACAAUGACGACAAGUAUCGACUGGACCUGCUGGUGCAGAGUGGGGUGGAUGUGAUUGUACUGGACUCAUCUCAAGGAAACUCAGUCUUCCAAAUCAACAUGAUUAAGUACAUCAAAGAGAAAUACCCAGAGCUUCAGGUCAUUGGAGGCAAUGUGGUAACUGCAGCCCAGGCCAAGAACCUGAUUGAUGCCGGGGCCGAUGGCCUGCGUGUGGGCAUGGGCAGUGGCUCCAUCUGCAUCACGCAGGAAGCGCCUCUUAGUGAUCCACCUGGUAUUAAGCUCCACAGCCCCAAAACCCCAACUACGGUUACAGGAUACUGCAUGUUGGCAUGCGGGCGGCCCCAGGCCACCGCCGUCUACAAGGUAUCGGAGUACGCCCGUCGAUUCGGUGUGCCAGUCAUCGCCGAUGGGGGCAUCCAAAACGUCGGGCACAUCUCCAAAGCCCUGGCACUGGGGGCAUCAACAGUGAUGAUGGGCUCUCUCCUGGCGGCCACCAGCGAGGCUCCAGGGGAGUACUUCUUUUCCGACGGCAUCAGGCUGAAGAAGUACAGAGGCAUGGGUUCAGUAGACGCCAUGGAUAAGAACCUGGGCUCCCAGACCAGAUACUACAGUGAGUGUGACAAAAUCAAGGUGGCCCAGGGUGUGUCAGGUGCAGUCCAAGACAAGGGUUCCAUCCAUAAGUUUAUUCCCUACCUGCUGGCUGGAAUCCAGCACUCUUGUCAAGACAUUGGAGCCAAAAGUCUCACCCAGCUCAGGGCCAUGAUGUAUUCAGGGGAUCUGAAAUUUGAGAAAAGGACUACAUCGGCCCAGAUGGAGGGAGGAGUCCAUAGCCUGCACAGUUAUGAGAAGCGCCUGUUCUAAUGAAGAGUUCGGCUGUAUUGGGCUACAGGCUUGUGUUCCUCAAGCAAAUGCAUAUUCGGGCACCCACAGCUACUUGCCAACACACAUCAAUAAAACCUAGAACCAUCCGUCUUCCCAUCUGUUGUUCCCGACCCAAGCGAAGGGAGAGCAGAGCCUGAUCGUUGGGAUGUCUUUGUUUGCCUGUCUGUCGGUUUGUCUGUUUCUCAGUAUUGUGCUGGAGUGUUUUGUUAUCAGAUGCCUUCCAUGUCCUACUGAAAUGUCCCCAUGCACUGACAUGAAUAAGUCAAAUUAAAACACAUUUUUUUUCCACAAGA